GAAAGAGGGAGGCAGAGUUGACAGUGUGACAGACUUACACGGGGACUCAUUGGAUUAAUCGUCGGCCGGUUUGCUGUCAGUCGGUACCGAGCGUUUGAUUGUCCGGCGGAGGAUUUCAGCCUCGGUAGAAGCCCGCAGCUCACCGCCCGGAGCGCCGCACAGGUUUGAGGGGAGCGGAUAGGACGGCUGGCUCAGAUUCCUCUGUGAUCACGAGAAGAUGGAGCUGAAUUGAGCACAGUGGGACAAAGCUCUGUGAAGCUCAAGCUACCUCGAGAGGCCGACAGCUGGUCUAGAAUCAACCGAACCGCCGCCGCAAACCUCGCCUAGCUUCAGCCCGCUCAGGAGGAGAUGGAGAACUGACCGCAGAGCAGCAGGCGACUGAAAGCAGCUCCUCCCUCCCCGUCCACCAGCAGCCAUGGCGGGCAUCAAACGGCAUCAUGAUGGGAAGAUCGCCGGGCUGUACGACCUGGACAAGACGCUGGGCCGUGGGCACUUUGCUGUGGUCAAGUUGGCCCGACACGUAUUCACUGGGGAAAAGGUUGCAGUGAAGGUGAUAGAUAAGACUAAGCUGGACCCGGUGGCGCGGGGGCACCUUUUCCAGGAGGUGCGAUGCAUGAAGAUGGUGCAGCACCCCAACGUGGUGCGCCUCUACGAGGUCAUCGACACGGCCACCAAGCUCUACCUCAUCCUGGAGCUGGGAGACGGAGGAGACAUGUACGACUGCAUCAUGAAGCAUGACGGAGGCCUCGCCGAAGAGGUGGCCAAGUGCUACUUCGCCCAAAUUGUCCACGCCAUCUCUUACUGUCACCGGCUGCAUGUGGUGCACAGGGACCUGAAGCCCGAGAACGUGGUGUUCUUCGAGAAGCAGGGCGUCGUCAAGCUCACCGACUUCGGCUUCAGCAACCGAUUUCAGCCCGGGAAAAAACUCAACACCUCCUGCGGAUCACUGGCCUACUCCGCUCCUGAAAUCCUUCUCGGGGACGAGUACGACGCUCCGGCUGUGGAUAUCUGGAGUCUGGGGGUGAUCCUCUUCAUGCUGGUCUGCGGUCAGCCCCCCUUCCAGGAGGCUAACGACAGCGAGACGCUGACCAUGAUCAUGGACUGUAAAUACACAGUGCCUCCACACAUCUCCCAUGCAUGCCGAGACCUUAUAGCCCGCAUGCUGCAGAGGGACCCCAAGAAACGAGCCACCCUAGACGAGAUCGAGGGCCACGAAUGGCUUCAAGGUGUCGACCCCUCCCCGGCCACCAAGCUUUCCACCCCUCUGGUGUCCCAUCGCAGCCUGUCAGAGGAGGAGCACGGCUCCAUCAUCCAGCGCAUGGUGCUGGGCGGCAUCGCAGACCGAGACACCAUAACUGAGGCUCUGGAGUCGAAUCAGUACAACCACAUCACAGCUACAUACUUCCUGCUGGCUGAGAGGAUGCUGAGAGAGAGGCAGGAGAAGGAGCAGCACAGCCAGACACGAUCGCCCAGCCCCAGCAAGGCCCAGUUCAGGCAGUCCUGGCCCACCAGGGUGGAUGUUCACCAGGAUGUCAGCGAUGGCUUGGGGGGUCCGGGCAUCUCCCACCCAGGGGGGCCACAGUCCCCUGCCCGCAGUGCUGAGAGCCUCCACAAAGGCCCCAGGCCCAAAACAGCUCUGCUGGACCUCAGCCAGCGGCAAGAGAACCACACCCCAGCAUCCAGCCAGCCUGCUCGACAGAACCAGGAGAGGGGGCUCAGGCCUCUGGUAAAGCCCCACUCCAACCCCCUCAGGCUCAGCUCUCUGGCCUCAGUGGGCCCUUGCAAACCUCGUAGUCCCAGUCUUUUUAGUGUGGAGGAGGAUGAGGAAGAAGAAGGGGAGGAAGACAUAUGUUUAUCCCCUUCUGCACUACCUGCUCAAGUGGUGCUUCGUUGCAAAACCUCUUCCUCAUCAUCUAUGUCUUCUUCCGGUAAUCGGCUGACGUCCCGCAUGAGUGCUCCAGUUCUUAACCAGAUCCACGAGGAAGACAAAGAGGAUGAGGAAGAGGAGGAGAGGAGGGAGCUGCGUGGACUCGGCCCGCCCAAACCCAGCCUCAGCCUCAACCUGAACUCUAGAAUACCAUCGCCGUCAACGCUCAUGUCAUCACCUAAAACUGUUGGUGUCACAGCACCGGUUGCCGUUUUCACCCCCAGCUCAGAGACUAGUGACGAUGAGACAGAAAGUCACCAUAAACCAGAUACGGCAUCUGUAGGUGGACAAGGGGAUGAGAGAGAAGGGAGGAAAGAGAAUAAAGGGAAAAGGGGGUCGGGGCAGGGCAGUCCCUCCAACUGUGCCAGUCCUGGAUCAGUUUCAGGUCAAGGCAAGGGGACAGCCAAAGCUGCCAGCGGCCUGGUAGAAAGCCUAAAGCUGAUGAGCCUGUGUCUGAGCUCUCAGUUCCAUAACCUGACAGGGGGAGGAGGGGGGGGUGGUGGCGGCAGCGGCGUUGUCGGCGGGGGGGACACCCAGGAACGUCCCGUGUGGAGGAUGUGCAUGGGCGGCUCCACCGGUAGCCUGGAUAAGGUGUCGCUCCUGGGCGGCCCUUCACCCAGGGGGAACCUGUACCACCGCCAGCCCCCGCUGGGAGACACACUGGCGGACCCGCUGCUGGAGGGCCCCUGCACGGGCACGCUGAGGCUGGGUGAGCUGGACCUGGCGAGGGAGAACCACAGGAACAUGAAGAACCGCGUGCUGCAGAUGCCUCUGAGCGACAAGACUCUGUCCGUCAAUAUCCACCGGAGCCCCAAGGAGGGUCUGCUCUGUACCCCCACCCCACACAGCUGCUGCCAGGUCAUCUAGAGCUCUACAGACAUCAGCUGCUGCACCUCCGCACUCCCCCACUCUCGUCAAUACAUCCCUUACCAUCUUGCUUUUGUUGCAGUCAUGUUCAUGUUCAUGAGUUCACGUUAUUUGUGCAUUUUAUGCUGUUUCCUAUUAUUUAACACUUACGGUGGAUAACUGGGAGAAAGUCCAAAUGCCAACCUUGCACAUUUAGAGACACAAAAAGUCUCCACGGAGGAGACUGGGUGCCAGUGUGUUUUGAAACAAGAGACAUUAAGUAUGGAAACACACACAGGAGGUGCUCACACCCCUACUCUUGCACACUUAUAUAUAUACUGUAUGUACACAUAUUGUGCCCAUCCACACACACACAUGUCACUCUGAUAAGCUGAUACAGUGGAAAGCUGAUGAGCUGGUGAGUUUUAGUAUCAUGUUACGUAACGUCUUUUGUUGUACUUGAUGCUGUUUUUUUUAAUAUCCUUAUUUUUUAAAUUAUUUUUUGAGACAAUCAUUUUAUCCGUUUUGUUUUUUUUUUAUUCUGACUGAACGAGUGACGUUACGACUGUGUUUUCAUUCAAGCGAGGACAAAUAACAGGGUGAAAAUGGACCGCAGCACUUCUGUAUGAUGGUGGCACACAGUAUUUUGUAGUCUAUCACUGUUUUAUUUUUCUAUCUCGAACGUGCUCUGCAGACUCGGAAAGAAGACGCACACUCACUUGUCAAGUCUCUGCGCAGUGACACAGCAGAGUUUGUACAUAUGUGAAUACCCUCUAGCAGUACUCUGUACCUGUAGUAUUGACGGUAAAGUUGUAUUGCAGUAGAAACCUGAAUACUAGAUCCUUAUACACUAUUAUUCUUCACUCCUGCGGGAUAUUCAAGGUUUUGGUUGAACCCAGAGCAAGAAAUGUGCUGAAAAGGAGCAAAUAGAUCUAGAAUCUCCCCCGAAGCUGAACACAGUAAAUUGUCGUACAUGUCGUGGCAGCUCUUUAAAUUCAAAGCGAACGGCCACUGGGUGGAACCUAAACCAUGCGCAUCCCGUAGCUUUCCAGGAUCACGGUAGCCACUGUUGUAGCGUAUUCCAAGACAAAAACAACAAAGGGGUUUUAAUAGAACAAAACAACACCGCCCCAUCAAGUAUCGGUCUGUGUAACUGGAUGUGUUGACCCACCCCUAGAGGAAUAUAUACUGUAACUUGACAGUGCAUGUGUUUUUGCUGUAGCAACCUUAUUCUUACCCACUAAGGUCAAUCCACCUGCUGUAACUACCUACGUAACAGAUUCAAAUGGUCACUUUACUGUAGCCUCACAGCAAUACCAGCGACUGCAAAAUGUACAACAAAAAUGGAUGUGCCAUAAAAUCUGUCUUGAGCAUAUUGUACUGUAUGUACUGUAUAUGAUAGAGAUCUAUUAAAAUAAAAUGAUGUGAA